CUAUCGAUUUGCAGAGAAGAGGGAGGUGUGUUACUGGAGAAAGAUGUUGGCAUCGAUCAUUGGUCACUAGUCACUACUGUCGCUGAUCGCCGUUGUUGGUGGUGUUGGAGUCAUAGGAGGUGGCAAAACGUUGGUGGUUUGGUGAAUCUGGUGGUGACUGGUGGGUUGGGUGGAUCUGAUGGUGGUGUUGGAGCGGUAGGAGGUGGUGGAACAGUGUUGGUUUGGUGCAACUUUUUUCAUGAGGGAAAGAUUCGGUGGAGAUAA